AUGCCCGCAGUCGAUAAGAAGCCCAAGACCCUCUACGAUAAGGUGGUUGACGCCCACAUAGUCAACGAGCAGGAGGACGGCACGAUCCUGCUGUAUAUCGACAGACACCUUGUCCACGAAGUCACCUCUCCCCAAGCCUUUGAAGGCCUCAAGAAUGCCAGUAGAAAGGUCCGCCGGCCGGACUGCACUUUGGUCACCGUUGACCACAACAUCCCCACCUCUUCCCGCAAGAACUUCAAGAAUGUCGACGAAUUCAUCGAGGAAAAUGACUCCCGGAUUCAAUGCUCGACCCUCGAAGAGAAUGUGAAGGACUUUGGCCUCACAUAUUUUGGAAUGGGUGACAAGCGUCAGGGUAUCGUCCACAUUAUCGGUCCUGAGCAAGGGUUUACUCUCCCCGGAACCACCGUUGUCUGCGGUGAUAGUCACACUUCUACACACGGUGCCUUUGGCUCUCUCGCCUUUGGUAUCGGUACCUCUGAGGUCGAGCACGUCCUCGCUACCCAGACCCUCAUCUCCCGCAGAAGCAAGAACAUGCGCAUCCAGGUCGACGGUGAGCUCCCUCCCGGUGUCACCUCCAAGGAUGUCGUUCUUCACAUUAUCGGUGUUAUUGGUACUGCCGGUGGCACUGGUGCCGUCAUUGAGUUCUGUGGCUCCGUUAUCCGUGCUCUUAGCAUGGAAGCCCGUAUGUCCAUGUGUAACAUGUCCAUCGAAGCUGGUGCGCGUGCUGGCAUGAUCGCACCCGAUGAGGUUACUUUCGAAUAUCUCAAGGGCCGUCCCUUGGCUCCCAAGUACGACAGUGCUCAGUGGCAGAAGGCUGUCAACUACUGGUCUAGCCUGAAGUCGGACGAGGGUGCCGUGUAUGACACGACCGUCCUGCUCGACGGCAAGGAUAUCAUCCCUACCGUCUCGUGGGGUACUUCUCCCCAGGAUGUGGCGCCUAUUAACGGCGUUGUUCCGGGCCCUGACGACUUUGAGGAUGAGAACCGCAAGGCCUCUUGCAAGCGUGCUCUCCAAUACAUGGGUCUUGAGGCUGGUACGCCCCUGAAGGACGUCCAGAUCGACAAGGUUUUUAUUGGUUCUUGCACCAAUGCCCGUAUUGAGGAUCUGCGGGCCGCCGCGAAAGUGGUCAACGGCAAGAAGAUUGCUUCCAACGUUAAGCGUGCCAUGAUCGUCCCUGGUUCCGGUCUGGUCAAGCAGCAGGCUGAGUCUGAGGGUCUCGAUAAGAUCUUCACCGACGCUGGUUUCGAGUGGAGAGAGGCAGGUUGCUCCAUGUGCUUGGGUAUGAACCCUGACAUUCUGUCGCCCCAGGAGCGCUGCGCCAGUACCUCCAACCGUAACUUCGAAGGUCGUCAAGGUGCUGGUGGCCGUACCCACCUGAUGUCCCCCGCCAUGGCUGCUACUGCGGCCAUCGUCGGUAAGCUGGCCGACGUCCGGGAGCACGUCGUCGCUAGCCCAGUCCUGGGCAAGGCUCAGCCCAAGGUGGACGUUGAACAGACCCAUGAGGAACCCGAGUCGGAGGAGGAGUUCGACCGCAUCAUGGACCUCCCCGCCGACAAUGAGCCUCAUACCAACACCUCCGCCGGCGGUACCUCGCCCGCCGGUCUCCCCAAGUUCCACAUCUUGAAGGGUAUUGCCGCGCCCCUGGACCGCGCCAACGUCGACACCGAUGCCAUCAUCCCCAAGCAAUUCCUCAAGACCAUCAAGCGUACCGGUCUCGGCAGCGCCGCCUUCUACGAACUGCGUUACCACCCCGACAACACCGAAAACCCAGAGUUCAUCCUGAACCAGGGCAUCUACCGCAACUCCAACAUCCUGGUCGUCACUGGCCCUAACUUCGGCUGUGGUAGCUCCCGUGAGCACGCCCCCUGGGCCCUCCUCGACUUCGGCAUCAAGUGCAUCAUCGCCCCCUCUUUCGCUGAUAUCUUCUUCAACAACACCUUCAAGAACGGCAUGCUCCCCGUCGUCAUCUCCGACGAGGCCAUUCUCACCAAAAUCGCCGACGAAGCCCGUGCCGGUCGCGAACUCGAGAUCGACCUCCCUAACCAGCAAGUCAAGGAUGCGCAGGGCAACAAGCUCGCUGACUUCGAAGUCGACGGUUUCCGCAAGCACUGCUUGAUCAAUGGUCUCGACGACAUUGGUCUCACUCUCCAGCUCGAGGACAAGAUCCGCACAUUCGAGACCAAGCGUACCCUCGAGACCCCCUGGUUGGACGGCAGCGGCUACCUCAAGCGCGGUGCCCGUGGCGCCACCAUGGUUGAGGCCGCGCCUACGCCCAAGACUAACCGUGGUGAUGUCAAGAACGAGCCGCUGGAGUGGUAA